AUGCGGGUUUUGAAAAAAAAUUGUGGAAAACUGUGUACGACUUUGUCAAUUGAAGAAGGUCAUAUUAGACAAAAUACUAGACGGGGAAGAAACCCUUUAGCAUUGCUCUUGGCUCCCACUAGAGAACUUGCACGCCAGGUGGAGAAAGAAUUUUAUGAAUCUGCUCCCGGUUUGGAUACACUGUGUGUUUAUGGUGGUGUCCCCAUUCAACGCCAAAUGAGUACUCUUCAAAGGGGUGCAGACAUUGUUGUUGGAACACCUGGUCGAGUCAUUGAUCUGCUGAAGAGGAGGUCCUUAAAUUUAUCAGAAAUCCAGUUCGUUGUUCUAGAUGAAGCUGAUCAGAUGCUUAAUGUGGGCUUCGCGGAGGAUGUUGAAACCAUUCUUGAAAAUGUUCGGCAGAAACAUCAGACGAUGAUGUUUUCAGCCACAAUGCCAAGUUGGAUAAUGAAAAUUACCAACAAGUUCUUGAAGAAGCCAAUUCACAUUGAUCUUGUAGGGGAUUCUGACAAGAAAUUAGCCGAUGGCAUUUCCUUGUAUUCAAUUGCUUGUGAGAUGCGUCAGAAACCAGCAGUUCUUGGACCCUUAAUAUCAGAGCAUGCAAAAGGAGGCAAGUGUAUUGUGUUUACCCAAACAAAGCGUGAUGCUGAUAGAUUGGCGAGUGCAAUGCAAAAAACUUUGAGAUGUGAAGCUUUGCAUGGGGAUAUCACGCAAAGCCAGAGGGAGAGAACUCUGUCCGGUUUCCGACAAGGUCAAUUCAAUGUAUUAGUGGCCACUGAUGUUGCUGCUCGAGGACUUGAUGUACCUAAUGUUGAUCUGGUGAUACAUUAUGAACUUCCGAACUCUUCAGAGAUCUUUGUUCAUCGAUCUGGUCGAACUGGACGUGCUGGGAAGAAAGGAAGUGCCAUUCUCAUGCAUUCCUCAAAACAGCAUAGGGAUUUGAAAGGUAUUGAACAUGAUGCCGGGUGCAGAUUUACUGAGCUCCCAAGUAUUAAAGUAGAGGCUGGAGCAGCAGACAUGUAUAGUGACAUGGGCAAAGGCAGUGACCGCUUUGGCUCCUAUGGAGGCACCAUGCGUAGUCGAUCUGGUGAUUUUGGUGGAAGUCGUUCUGGUGGCUAUGGAAAUAAAGGCAGCAGGUUUGGUGGAGAAGGCGCUUCAUCUUCUCGAACAGGUGGAUACAGUGGAACUGGUUCUGGAAGAUCAGGGGGUGGCUACGGUGGAACUAGCUCGGGCCGCUCAGGAAAGUUUGGUGGUUCUGGAGGCUCAAAAUGUUUGGGUGGUUUCCUUAACUUUGGUUCGGGGCGUUCAAGUAGAUUUGGAGAUUCACAGUCUGACCGCAGUAACCGUUCAAGCCGUUUUGAUGACUUCGGAGAUGGCAAGGAUAGUGGUGAUCAGAGUUCAGGGAGGAACUCCAUUUCAAGGCAAGUUUCAUUCUCCUUUCUUGAUUAA